AGAAAAAAUACAGGGAGGCCUUCUUUCUCUCCCUCCUCCCUUCAGCAGAGUGGUGAGAUGAGAAGGGGGGAGUGGGAGAGGAGGGCUCCCCUCCAGGGGGCUUUCUUUGGGCAGCGCCAAAUCCCUUUCUAAGGGACAGUGCCAAAACAAACAUGGGCAGUGCCAAGCACCAACAGCUCAGGGUAGUGGAGCUGGGUGUGCCUCUCUAUAAAGCCCCUUUGGAGCCCCCGCUCCAGCCAGAGCCAAGAUGGACAGACGGCGCAUCACCUCCUCUGCCCGCCGCUCCUAUGCCUCUGAGGUUGUGGUGCGUUUCCCUGGUGCUCGCCGCCUGGCUCCAGCCGCCCGGCUCUCCCCGAGCAGAAUGCCACCUCCACUUCCUACCCGGGUAGACUUCUCACUGGCUGAGGCACUGAAUGCCAACUUCAAAGAAACACGGUCCAGCGAACGGGCCGAGAUGAUGGAGCUCAAUGACCGCUUUGCCAGCUACAUCGAGAAGGUCCGUUUUCUGGAACAACAAAACAAGGUCCUGGCAGGGGAGCUCAACCAGCUUCGGGGCAAAGAGCCGACCAAGUUGGCUGAUGUCUACCAGGCUGAGCUGCAUCGACUCCGGCUUGAGCUGGAUCAGCUGAAUGCAAGCAGUGCCCGGCUAGAGAUCGAGAGGGAUAACCUGGCUGAAGAUCUGACCACGCUGAGGCAAAAGCUCCAGGAGGAAACCAACCUUCGGCUGGAGGCAGAGAACAGCCUAACAGCUUAUAGACAGGAGGCUGAUGAAGCUGCUCUGGCCCGCCUGGAUCUGGAACGGAAGGUCGAGUCCCUACAGGAAGAGAUCCGCUUUCUCAGGAAGAUUCAUGAAGAAGAGCUUCGAGAGCUACAGGAACAGUUGACCCAGCAUCAAGUACAUGUAGAACUGGAUGUGGCCAAACCAGACCUCACUGCUGCCUUGCGUGAAAUCCGAACCCAGUACGAGGCUAUGGCCUCCAGUAACAUGCAGGAGACUGAGGAGUGGUACCGGUCCAAGUUUGCAGACUUGACAGAUGCUGCAGCCCGGAACGUGGAGCUGUUGCAUCAGGCCAAGCAUGAGGCCAAUGAGUACCGUCGACAGCUGCAGUCCAUGACCUGUGACCUGGAGUCCCUUCGUGGCACUAAUGAGUCCCUGGAAAGGCAGAUGCGAGAACUGGAGGAGCGGCAUGCCAGGGAGGCAGCUGGCUACCAGGAAGCAUUGGCGAGACUGGAGGAAGAUGGGCAGAGCCUCAAGGAUGAGAUGGCCCGGCACCUGCAAGAGUACCAGGAGCUGCUCAAUGUCAAGUUGGCCCUAGAUAUUGAAAUUGCCACCUACAGGAAACUGUUGGAGGGGGAGGAAAGCCGCAUCACCAUUCCAGUACAGACAUUCUCCAAUCUGCAAAUCCGAGAGACCAGCCUGGACACCAAGUCUGUGUCAGAAGGACAUCUCAAGAGAAGCAUUGUAGUCAAGACUGUCGAGAUGCGUGAUGGAGAGGUCAUUAAGGAGUCUACGAAGGAGCACAAAGACGUGUGAAGUGGGAGCCAUCCAGAGAGCUGUUGUGACAGGGGGCAGAGUAGUUGCCUUGGCCCCUGUGCCAGAAGUUGUAGAUCUAUUCUGAGCCAGGGCCCAUAGCUCCCAUCUUCCUCCCUUCCCCCAGCGGCAGCCUCUUGCUGGCUUUGUCUCGGGCUCCCAUCAGCAUCAGGACUUGCCACACUUGUCACAAUUUCUCCGAUUUUCCAGUCCCCUCUCCUACUAACUGGACAGAACGAGCCUCUAGCGUCUGUAUUUCUGGCACUAAUCAUUAGGGGAUGUUGCUAGAGGUGCUUAGAACUCAGUUUGGUAGGGAGGAGAAGCGAUCAGAAGGGAGAACAUUGCUGGAGGUGACUCUCCCUUGACCCUUCCCACAUCUUUGUUUCUAUGGCAACUAUUGCCAGGGCACCAGGAAGCCCAGAGCUGUCAUUCCUGGACUGGGGGAGGGGUUGGAGCUUGGGAGGGGGGUGGGUGUUGUUUGGGUCCCUUAUUAUCAGGCUGAAGAAGAAAAAAAAUAAGGCCUAGCAAGUGGAAAGGCAGGGGUCCUUAUAACAGAGGCUGAUUUCCCAUUCUCUGGCCCUGACCCGGAAGAGGCCACCAGGGAUGUUCAUGGAAGUAGUUAUUACUCGGUUAUUAAGAAUUAUGACUCAAAUUUCUACAACUCACAUUAUGACUCACAUAUAUAUUUAUAUUUAAGGUUGACAAUUCGCCUUUGUUUGAAAUAUAUUGGUGAGGUAGACAAAAAUAUCCCAUUUUUAAGAAGAGUAAAUUGAGACUCCAGGAGCCAAAGGUCACUCAGCUAGCAUUAGAAACCAAGAUCUGAAUCCAGAUCUCCUGACUCCAAAUCCAAUCUUCUUUUCCCUUGUCUUCUGAAUUCCAGGAGAAUCAAAUAUCCCAGUUGACGUCAGGAGUCAUUGUUAAUAUAGUACAUUAUCACUUGUUACUUACAGAUCUUCAGGUUAUAGAUCUAGAGCUAGAAGGGACUUUAGAGGCCUCAGUAGCCUAAGCCUUUCAUUUUACCGAGGGGGAUAUUAAAGCUCAAAAGCCACUUAGUACCCAGUUGACCUUGGACAAGUCACUGUGCUUAGUGACUUGUUUCACAGUCCUCUUUAGACCUCCCCACCUCCACAGUCCUUCACCUUUCUCCAUCUUUUUCCAUUUCAUAUCUAUAUGUAUUACCUAUGUAGUAUAGCCUCUAUAUAAAUCUAAGCCUGAACAAGUCACUCAGACUUAUCCAGUCACUAAGUAAAAUGACUUAUCCAAGGUCACUCAGACUUAUCCAAAGUUACUAAGUAAAAUGACUUGCCCAAAUUACUCAGACUUGAACAGUCACCAAGUUGUGUUUUGUUCAGUCAUCCAAACUUCUCCACGGUCACCCACUUAAGUGACUUGUUUAAGAUCACCCAGCUAGAAUGGCAGAAUUGGGAUUUCAACUCAGUUCCUUUGAUUCCACAACCAGCACACUUCCCAGUGUACUAUCUUGGCCCCAGAGAAUCAGCAUUGCAGUACCCCCACCCCAGAGGUGGUUGCAGCAGGGACAUUUAAGGGGAUUACGGCUUGGGAAAUUCUUGUAUUUGGAGGAAGCCACUUGGAGUUCCAUUCUCAGAUCUUCAAAUUGGAAAGAAGGGGGGAAACACUUUGGGGGUGGGGUAAGAAAGUCUCUGGUGUUUGUGGAGGGAGAAAGCAGAUGAGAGGCAGAGAGGAAACAGAGGAGGUAGCUGUUCAGUGAAUUCCCAGAUGUGGGUCAGGAGAGGCCUGAAGAAGUUCGAUGGAGACUUGAGAGUCUGAUCUGCAAGAAGCCUGGGGGUGGAAAUCUAUUUCAAUGGCACUGUCUCUCCCUCGCCCCCAUUCCUCAGUUUGAACCAGGUGGAGAGGGUGAAGCUAAGAACUCCUGCCAUGCUUCACUAGCUCCUUCAUCUGGCUUCUGUAUCAUGGCUCUUAAGAGGUUAACAUACUCUUCAUAAUGCUAGAUUCUAUUGGGGAAACUAGAAGAGUAGGAGAGACAGACACAGAAAGACAGAGAGAAUACUACCAAGCUUAGGGGUACAUGUAGUUUGCUUCUAAGGCCUCUUUUUUACCCAGUCACAGUCUCACAGUCCUUCUCUUUAGAUCACCCCACCACCACAGCCCUUCACCUUUCCCCAUCUUUUUUCAAUUCCUCUCUAUAUAAACCAUCUAGAUAAUAUAGCCUCUUUCUCUCAAUCUAAGCCUGAACUUAUUUUCCUCUACCUUUCCUCCCUCUUUUAAAUUCAGACAGGAGGGUCUAUAAUUUCCUGUUUCCUGGUAUAAAUUUAAUCCCUAGGCCCUCAAGUCAAAUUUAGUAGUGGUCCUUUCCCUUAGUAAUUCCCCAAGUCCAGAAAUGUCCACAUUAGGAGCCAUAGAUGCUGCUUGGAUGGUAGCUAUCUCUCACACAUUGCUAACUAGCUGUAUUUCUAAUGUUCUAAAGACCUCCCUCCCUCUCUCCCACCACACACAUCAGCCUUGUUCCCCAUUUUUAAAAUGGGAAAACUAAGGAAUGGAAUCAAGGGAAGAGAUUAGGUUUGGGAGGUAGAUUUAAAAUCAGGAGCUCUUGGGCAAAAUCUACUCCUUAGCAUUCCAUAUAAGGCUUUGCUAGUAGACGAAUACACAGGAAGCCUAAAAAGUGAUCUGGGGCAUUCAUUCCAGGACCCCUAUUUCAUACCAACAGGCUGGACCUUGGAAGAUAAUGGAGAACCUUUCCUCUUUCUCAGGUUUCCUUCAACCAUGAUUUUUCCUUAGCUCUGUCUCCUCAUUGCUACUCCAUUGCUGUUUUGUCAGUUGAAGAGCCUAAAUAAACAAGUGUGAUCUGCA